UCGGACAGGGAGAGCAGUUUUUUGUCGCCGUGGACGAGCAGGAGGCGCAGAUAGUGGCAAGAAAGUACUUGCGAGCGAUCAAGCGCACGCCAUUUUGCAAGGCGGCGCUCCGAGAACUUCCUCCUUCGUGGUGGUCCUUCAAUGGGCUAAUCGGGGAAGCUCCACGGUAUGAAUACAAGUACGACCCGCCGUAUGAGGAGGAGAGGUAUUACGCGUGGGAAAACUCCUCGUUUCAGUCUUGGUUCCACCACGACAACUCCACAGCUUCGCCCGACCAAAUAAAAAAGCUGCUCUGCGGAUCGUGGUCGGACGAUAACCAUUUCUUUGAACAAGAAGCCGAAUUCGCUUUCGGACCUUUCGCGCGUAAUUCAGCUGUCUUAGCCUACGCGUACUUCGGUGAUCUCACCCUGUGCCAUUCGCCCCCGGUUUCCCUUCGAGCACUGGAGCUGGCGAGACCUCCAAGCGCGGACCUGGGUUUUCCAACAGCCUGGUCGCUCACCGGUGUGGCGAUUUACCAUGUGGUCUCAGCGAUUCUCUUCACGAGCGCGCAGCUGGCUGGCGUGACGUUCCUUACCCGGAAGGGGAUCGAGUUUACCGGAGGGGAGCGGGCACAGAUGGCGAAUGAAACGGCGGGGAGCGACAUCCCGUCGACCAGGACGUCACUCACCAAUGAUGAAACGAAGCGCACUGAGACCGAGCUUCAACAGCGCCAGUCCGUUGCAGUGUCUGCCCCCGUGUCCUUUCGGAUGCAUGAAUGCAGCGGAAACGAAAGCGUGCGUCUGUGGGAUAUGGCGAAAGAGUACGCCUACAAAAACGCGGGUCUCAAGCCCCAUGCCUACGCGGGCCGAUUUGGGUGGCAGACCAGGAAGGAAAGCGCAGACGCCACCGAGAAGCUGCAGACCUACAUGGGGCCGGGCACCCUACCAGUGUUGGUAUUGGGGGAUGUAUUGGACGUAACGGGAUCGGGAGACUACCAACAAAAAAACUUCCUGAAACGGUUUGCCCUCGACUCCUGGAAGGGCUGGCGGAAACGCUUUGAACGCCCGGACAUGCACCUGAUGGCGCGUUGCGAAAAGUGGGCUGACCGGGUGAACAUUCGCGCCAUCUUGGCAGUCGAGGAAAAAGAUGUGGAGCAGAUUCGAAACGCCGUCCGGGCUGCGGUUCGCUUGGUGGCGAACAGUAAGAAAGCGCCGAUGUCCAGCAGCGGCGGAACCAGCAGGGCCGCGGGGGUCGUUUAUUUCCCAGCAUCCGGUGUGCACAGGGAGUCAUCGUUUUCGGCGCAUCAAGAAGAAGCUGCAGAGGGAGCGGUAGCAGAAAGCCAGCAACUUUUCGGCGCAUCAGAGGAACAGUCGGCGUCUCAAUUUUUUGUACAAGAGGACUCUGUCUCUGAGCCGUUGAGGCUCGUCGUAAUGACCCUCGCGGAGGCCGACAAAGAUCUCAAACUGUUUGAGAACCGUGACGAGACGAAGGAGUGGAUUCCGGCUGAUCUGCUCGCAGAGUGGUACAAUCGAAACGCCAUCGAUUUUGUCGCCGAACAACAUCAAUAACUAGUGCGGAGAAUAAACCGCAUCAGCACAAGGGCAACAAGCACGAAGAUAGCUCCAUCCGCCUGGAGGUCAAUGCUUUAGCCCAAGGACGGACAACCGAACCUGCACAACGGCCGCGCUUAAUAAGUCUGGUGCGUCGCAGAAUGGGUGAACGAGUGAACUCCUAGUCCUCCAAAUCCUACAUUGCCAAAAGGAAAUCCUCUAGAUCCUGGAUCUCCUUCGUAUCUGUACGAGUUACAGCACUGCCCUCGGAUAAACAAAAAAAGACAUUUUCAUCUGCUUCCCUUCGCGAUGCAUUUCCUGACCCUCGAGCCUUUCUGCUGUGCUUGCAGUAGGUCAAGUAGCCAUCGCAAGAGCACAAUGUGAGUCAUUUCACAGAAGUUUCGUGAGUUGGAGUUUUUUCAGAUAUUCUGUCUGCCUCUCCUGUCGCUGCUGUGGAUCUCACUACAAUUCUCUGCUAUGAGUCAAUGUGACGAUGUGGCGUACCACUUACCUCGACGAACAUCAAAAUGUUUAAGCGCACACCACGAAUCCGAAAAAUGAAAGAGACAGGAUGCACAAGCACAUGCUGCAGCAAGAAUCUAUACGUCAAGUAGAUCAAAACCGUAGCGAGGGGAAAUUGUUUAAUCAACAUGAAAAUCAAAAUCUGAG